AUGCCCACCCAUUGGAAAGACUCAGAAGAGAAGGCCUUGCGAUUGGUGCAAUCGGAAAAAGCGCCAACCAAUUACACAAAACCUUCCACAAACAGCAUAGAGGGCGUGGACACACCGUCUUUCCUCUUCAGCUCCCCCUCCUUUUUCCUCUCGCCUGGAGGAGACCGGGAGCGCCUCAGCUCCGAAUGGCCAGAGGAUGUAUCUGUUUAUGUUGGAGACUUUCCUAAAAUACUUGGUGAUCGUGGGCCAUACUAUGUCAAGGAAGGUGCAAAAGAGAUGAUUGGAAGCCGAGUGGCAGGAAGUGGAUAUUGUAAACCUGUGGACACUUCAGCUGGACCAUUAAAAAGAGAUGGACCUAUGCAGAUAACAGUUAAAGAUCUACUGACUGUGAAAUUAAAGAAAACACAAAGUUUUGAUGAAAAGAAGAAGCUUGUACCAUCACCAAAGGCACGGAAUCCUCUAGUUACUGUCUCCGACUUGCAGCGUGUUACCCUGAAACCUAACUCCAAAGUGUUAUCAACUCGAGUUACAAAUGUCUUAAUAACUCCUGGUAAAAGCCAGAUAGAUCUACGGAAACUACUUAGAAAAGUUGAUGUUGAAAGGAGCCCAGGUGGAACCCCUCUUACUAAUAAAGAAAAUAUGGAAACAGGAACUGGACUGACUCCAGUAAUGACUCGGGCCUUGAGGAGAAAGUUUCAACUGGCUCACCCCAGAAGCCCAAGCCAAACUCUGCCACUUUCUACAAGCAGUUUUGAUGAACAAAACUGA